UUUAAACAGGCAGGAGUGUAGGUGAAGGAAAAAAGAGAAAGAUUUUUGUUUUGUUUUGUUUGAGUCGCACAUUCCAUUUAAAAUUCAAUAAGCAUGGCAACAGCCUAUAAUGUUGAUCGUAUGUCACCAUCGUCAAAAAACAAAACUACCCAAUCAACCUCAACAAAAGACAAUCAUUCUGUUAGUAAAAGGUUACAACAAGAUCUCAUGACACUACUGACUUCAGGAGAUUCUGGCGUUUCAGCGUUUCCAGACGGUGAUAAUCUAUUUAGAUGGAUUGGAACAAUGGAAGGCGGCACCGGAACACUUUACGAAGGGCUGAAGUACAAGCUUUCUCUGGAGUUCCCCAGUGGAUACCCAUACAAGGCCCCGACAGUGAAGUUUGAAACGCCGUGUUACCACCCAAAUGUCGACAGUCAUGGAAAUAUAUGUUUGGACAUUCUCAGUGAAAAAUGGUCUGCUCUCUAUGAUGUUCGAACCAUCUUGCUUUCGAUACAGAGUUUAUUAGCAGAGCCCAACAUUGACAGCCCUUUGAACACUCACGCGGCAGACUUGUGGCCAAACAAAGUAGCGUACAAGAAAUACCUCCACGACAAGUACCACAGGGAUGUGGUCAGCAAAGCGAAAACAUGAUGUCUCUCGUGAGCCGGGAAAUAAUGGUGCCGAUAUUUUGUGGAUGUUUUGUCUGUGUGUCCUACAGUUUACUCAGUGAUGUGAAAAAGACUUGUAUCUCUGACUACUGUAAUACACUGUGCAGUUCUGUUUGAGGUGGUCAGCUGUGAUAGCACUGGUUCCUGUCGGCUUCUGUUUAGGUCAUUACCGAAUUCAUUACGUGGUUCAGGGAAGGCACUUUUUGUAGUAUAAAAAGACAACAUGUAGGUAUUACUUUUUCAUCGUGUGUGGCUACAUCAAUGUUUGUGUUACGGUAAAUGUUAACCUUUCACUUUUAGUUCCAUUUUUCACUGUCUUUAAACUAUAAAUCCUACUUAUGUGAAACUGUUUAUAGUUGCACCUGUGGAUGUUCAUCACAAUAUAUUAUGUAAAUUUUUUAAAAUUAAAUAAAACUUUUUAAUUGUAAUACUUUGCGCUGAGCUCUGUGCUAAUUUCGCGUUGACUCCAUUUCUCACAAAGUGUAAACUAUACGUUAUUUAAACUAGCUUUAUAGUUGCACCUAUGAAUGUUUAUAAUGAAGCAUGUAAAAAAGAAAAAAAUCAGUUAAAUUAAAACAAUUUUUGACUUUU